AUGCAUUGUUGGUAUAACAGGACACCUGCAGGUUUCAGGGUUGGCUGUAUCCAAAGCAACUUUCGCUAUAUAAGACGGCUUAGAAGAAAGAUUAGAGAACUAGAAAUUGAAGCCCGUGGGUUGCGGCAACAAUUGACCAUGAUCAUGAUGGAUUUCCAUGCGACUAUGGCUGAAAAUUAUGAUUUGAGACUCUAUACUCAACAAAUUGAAGAUCAGAUGCAACUACAAGAUCUGUUGAAUGGCUCCGUAGAGGAAGAGAUAAGAACACUAAGACAAAUGAUCCAACAUCAGCAAGCUGCAAGAGAGGAGUUCUUUCGCUCUGUGGCUUACCCAAGCCGGAUUGGAGCCAAUCAGGAGGAAGAACUGGGGCAAAAUCAGGAUGUCAAUGCAGUGCAAAAUCAUCGCAAUCAGGAAGUUGGCACUGAGGGCCUGAAUUCUCAUGAAAACGCAGGUCACUAA